GACGAGAGCUGGAGACGAGGUCGAAAGCAAGGCUGAUCUGAGACAGGUCGCAAUGCAUAUGGAUCUCUUCAGCAGGCAACAUCGCAAUUGCGGCCGAUCGGAUCCGACUGUAGAUGAAAUGAGGAGUCUGUGGCAGGACGAAUUGAUUGACAUAAUCGUCAUGGGUGUCCUUAGUGUGCUAAGAACGGUAGUGUCGAUAGUGCUCAGCUCCAUAUGGAGUAGUAGACAGGCCUAUCCAUCUAAGGACCAGGAAAUAGUGAGGGGCUGGGAAGAACAAUUGCGCCGUCAACACGGGCGGUUGCACUGGCAACCUGAAGGCUACAUUAGUACUGACUGUACGGAGGAGUACUGUACCUAUGGAUCCUGGCCAUUGUCUGGGUUGUCGAGUGAGGCGAGCAGAGAGAGAGUUGGAUAGGCGGGAGGGGCAAAUUUUCCCCCUCUCCCUUAAGUUGGGCAACGGCAACGUCUUGAGUUUAGUUGAUUCCAAAUGACAGCUCCAUCAACGCGAGGGGGAGGACAGGUGGAUGCAUGAUCCCAUGAUGGCAUGAGAAAGGAACAAAAAAGAAAAGGUGGAGCCGCGAGUGAAACAGGGCAACAGACCAUCUUCCGGGCCGAACUUUG